AUGUCGGUGCUCGACGACAUGGCGGAUCAUUUGAUGGGCCUCGCACCGCCGGAGUCGCAAGGCAGGGCCUCUGGCGUGCUUAUGGAUCAUCAAGACUUGCUAAAACAUGUCCUGGGCAUGUGCGGCGAAAGUGAACGAAGCACGGAGGCGCUGUUGCGGGACCUCGCACAAGAUGGACUGCAAGGCUGUACCAGUGCCUCUGGUUUUGUCGCCACCGAGGCCACAGGCCCGACGCAUCGACCGCGGCGCGACGACGGCCCCGUGGGCACGUUCGAGGUCGACUUCUCGGGCACGCUCUACGAAGGCAUCAAUUACGUGACGGCCCCGGGCUCGUCGACGCGGCUCGCGCGAGGCGUGAUGGCCCGGCACGGGAUGGUCUUCGAGGGAGAGGUCGAUCCGGCCAUCCCGGGCUACGUACGAGUAGCGCGCGAAUCCACCGGUUUGUACACCGGGCUAUUUGUGCCGACGUCGUUCGAGGGCCGCCUGUGCGUGAAAAAAGUCGCCGAUAGUACUCCUCUCUGUCCGGCGCGGCCGCGGACGCCUCCCGAGCAAGGCGAGUUGCCUUCUGACGUGAAGGGCGCCUGGGACCGCUACUUCGCGGAGUCCGGCGUCUCCGUCGAGGAGGUCGUGGCCGAGGCCUGGGCCGCCGACGGCGACGCGUCCUCGACGACGUCCUCGUCGUCCUGCGGCAGCGAGGGCUCCCUGCUAGAGUAA